CGGCUUUAUCUGGGAAUGGACUUUGGGACUUCUGGAGCGAGGUUUGCUCUCAUUGAUAAACGAGGGAUAAUUCGGGCCGAGGGAAAGAGGGAAUACCCUCUCUUUAAGAGUGAAGACAAAAUGGAUUGGGCGCGUUCAUGGAAGGCGACACUCUUCUCACUUCUUGGAGACAUUCCAUCUCAUCUUCGAAAACUGGUUGCUUCCAUUUCCAUUGAUGGAACUUCUGCGACUACUCUCAUUGUUGACAGCAACACAGGAGAACCAUUCUGGAGACCUUUCCUUUACAAUGAGAGUUGCCCUGAUGCUUUACCAACAGUUAAAUCUAUUGCUCCUCCAAACCAUACAGUCUGCUCUGGUUCCUCUACUCUGUGCAAGCUUGUCUCCUGGUGGGAGAAUGAUUCUCCAAAUAAAAAAUCGGCACUAUUGUUGCAUCAAGCGGAUUGGCUUUUAUGGCUUCUUCAUGGAAAGCUCGGAGUGUCUGAUUAUAAUAAUGCUCUGAAGGUUGGUUAUGAUCCGGAGCUUGAAUCCUAUCCACCCUGGCUACUCUCUCAGCCCUAUUCAAAACUGUUACCUUCUGUUAGAGCUCCAGGAACUUCAAUCGGUCAUUUGAAAGAGGACAUAAGAUCAGAGUUUGGUUUUCCAAGUGAUUGUGCUGUAUGCACAGGAACGACUGAUAGUAUAGCAGCUUUUUUAGCAGCUCGUGCAACACAACCUGGGAAAGCUGUAACUUCUUUGGGUUCAACACUUGCCAUAAAACUGCUGAGCACAACUAGGAUUGAGGAUGCACGAUUUGGGGUGUACAGUCAUCGCCUUGACGAUAAGUGGCUUGUUGGAGGUGCUUCAAAUACUGGUGGAGCAGUUCUCAGACAAAUUUUCACUGAUGAGCAACUGGAGAAAUUGAGUGUACAGAUUGAUCCCAUGGAAGCUUCUCCUCUAGACUACUACCCACUGCAAUCAGUUGGUGAGAGAUUUCCAGUGGCAGAUCCGAAUAAGGCUCCAAGAUUACACCCACGUCCAGAAAGUGAGGCGGAGUUUUUGCAUGGGAUUCUUGAAUCUAUUGCGCGUAUAGAGGCAAAAGCUUACAACUUGCUCAAGGAACUAGGUGCAACCCAAGUUGAUGAAGUCUUCACAGCUGGAGGUGGUGCCAGAAAUGAGAAAUGGACAAAGAUAAGAGAGAGAGUACUUGGUUUGCCUGUAAGUUCAGCAAUUCAAACCGAGGCUGCAUAUGGAGCUGCUUUGUUGGCUUUGAGGGGAUCAAAAGAAGAUUCAAGCAUCAAGGAUGUAAAUGUGGUUGGAGUCCAAGACCCCAGUUUGAAAAACUCAUCUCCUGUGAGUGCUAAAUCCACCUCAACCGAGGUGAUAGAAUUAAGCAACAAAGCAUCUGGUGUUCAAGAAACUAUCAAUCCUCAUACUGCUAUGGAGCAAGUAUCAGAAGCUAAUGAGCUGCCAAAACCAUCAAAUUCAAAUGAUGGAUCAGUGGACGUAGGAACUAAUGCAGUCAAUAAAACUAAUGCAGUGGAUUCUACGGAGAUUGCAUUAAGCAAUACAGGAACAAGUAUACAAGAAACUGUCGCUAAUCGUUCUCCAAAUCAAUUCUCAGAAGCUAAUGUUGGUGAGCAGACAGAACCAUUUGCACAAGAUAGGUCAAAAGUGGAAACUAGUGCAAAAGGUUCUACCAAGGAAAAUGCAUCAAGCAACACAGAAGCUGCUGUUAAAGAGUCUGCUGCUACUCCUAAUUCUUUGAUGAAAGUUUCAGAAGAUAUUGAUCCUCAGCUUCCUGCUUCAUCAAAUUCCAAGAAUGGUGCGACAGAAGUUGGAACCAAAACUAGUUCUCCCAACAAAGGCUCAGAAGCUAAUGAUCGUGAGCUGCCUAAACCAUCAAGUUCAAAGGACAGGUCGACAGAAUUUGGAACCAGUGCAAACGGCUCUACCAAGGAGAUUGAAUCCAUUAAUACAGGAACUGCUGUUCAGGAAGCUGUCACCACUCAUAGUACACCUAAGGAGGAUUUAGAAGAUAAUGUUGGUGAGCUGCGAAAACUAUCAAAUUCAAAAGAUGGAUCUACAGACGUAAAUAAUAUAUUGGGUUCUACCAAGGACACAGCGCUAAGCAGUGUAGGAUCUGGUGUUCAAGAAAUGGCCAAAAUUCCUGUGAAGCAAGUCUCAGAAAGUGAUGUCAGUAAGCUACCAAAAUCAUCAAAAGACAUUUCAUUAAGCAAUACAGGAUCUGGUGUUCAAGAAACUGCCACUACUGUGAAACAAGUCUCUAAGGGCGAUGACAGUGAAUUGCCAAAUCCGUCAAAAGAUGAAUUAGCAAAAGUAGCAACUAAUGUUGUAGUUGGUUCUACCACGAGUAUUCAAGAAACUGUUCCUGCUCUUCCGAAGCAAGUCUCACAAGGUAGUUUUAGUGAGUCAUCAAAUGAUGCAGUGGGUUCUGCCAAGGAGAUUGCAUCAAAUACAAUAGGAACUGGUGGUCAAGAAAGUGAAGAAACUGUCUCUACUCCAACUCUGACAAAGGAAUUGUCAGAAGCUAAUGUUGGAGAACUGCCAAAACCAUCGGAUUCAAAAGAUGGACAUAAAGAAAUAGAAACUAAUGCAGUGAGUUCUACAACUGAGAUUGCAUCAAAAGAUAACAUAUCUAGUGUACAAGAAAAGUUUAACACUGACCAAAGGGAAGUCUCAGAAGGUAAUUUAAUUGACCUGCCAAAAACAUCAAAUUCAAAGGAUGGAUCACUGGAAGUAGCUACUAGUAAUGCAGCGGGUUCUACCAAAAGUGUUCCAGAAACUGUCACAGGUCCUCUGAAGCAAAUCUCAGAAGGUAAUUAUAGUGAGGCACCAAAACCAUCAGAUUUAAGUGGUGGAUCAACAGAAGCUGGUACUAAUGCAGCGGGUUCUACCCAGAGUGUACAAGAAAGUACAACUACUCUGAAGCAGGUUUCACAAGGAAAUGACAGUGAGCUGCCAAAACCUUCAAACUCAAUGGAUGGAUCACCAGAAGUAACUAAUGCAGUGGAUUCUACCAAGAGUUUUCAACAUACUACCACUAAUCAAGAAGUUUCUGAAACUAACGUUAGUGAGCCUCCAACACCUUCAAAUUCAAAGCAUGCGUCAACAGAAGUAAGAACUGAUGCAGCAAAUUCUAGUCCUUCUACCGAGAAGAUUGCAUCCAGAAACACGGGAACGAAAGUGCAAGAAGGUAUCACCACUCAUACUGCUAAACAAGUCUCGGAAGGUAAUCUUGGUGAGCUGUCGACACCAUCACAUGCAACUGACGGAUCCGCGCCAGAGGUAGGAACAAAUGCAGAGGAUUCCACCAAGAGUUUGUAUGAAACUGUCACUACUCGGAAGCAACUUUCAGAAGGUAAUGUGAAGAAGCUACCAAACCCUUCAGACUUAGAGGAUGGAUCAACCAAAAUUCCUAAUACAGUCAAUUCUACCAAGAGUGUUCAAGAAACUAUCACUAAACAACAAGUUUCAGAAGAUAACGUUGGUGAGCUUCCAAAACCUUCAAAGGAUGGAUCAACAGAGGUAGGAACUAAUGUAGUUGAUUCUACCAAGAAGCUUGCACCAAGCAACAUGGGAACUGGUGUACAAGAAAGCAUCUCCGCGGACACUGAAAAUAAAGUUGCAGAAGAUCAUGUUGGCGAGCUGCCCAAACCAUCAAGUUUAAAGGAUGAAGUGCAAAAAGUAGGACUUGAUGUGGUUGGUUCUACCAGGGACAUUCCAUCAAGCAACACAGAAUCUGGUGUUCAAAAAAGUAUCACUACUUCAGAAGCUGAUGUUGCUGAGUUGCCAAGACCAAAUUCCGAAGGUCAUGUUGGUGAGGUUCUAAAACCAUCUAUUUCAGAAGAACGUAAUGCUGGUGAAUUGCCAAAACCAACAAAUCCAAAGGAAAGUAAUGCCGGUGAGUCGCAAAAACCAGCAGAUCCAGAGGAAAGUAAUGCUGGUGAGUCGCAAAAACAAGCAGAAUCAAAAGGAUGGUUAUGGUGGUAA